UAUGUAAGUCAGUGCUUUCACAGCUGCCUCCCCUAACGGACGCGCGCGCUCCUACACGAAAAAAUCCAUUGACGAUGCCGAUAUACAACUUGUUCCUCACACAAAAAAAUAUCAGUGAAUCCUCCUGUGAUGCGAAACUUUUAUGAACACGAGUGUACACCAGUGUGUCAAGUGGUCGUAUAUUUUGUUACGGAAUGUCGUAUCUAAAUGAAAAUUUCUUUCAAACUUACGCGCCGGGAUUAAGUAAGAUUUAUAUCUGAAAACAACGGAGAUUCUCGAGUUAAUUUUAGACGCUCAUUAUGCUCAGUAAAAUAAUCCAAGCACGCGUUACUAAAGUCACCAGUGCCGUACAAUUUAUGCGCCAAACAUCGGUUAAGGAUAAAAUAAAAAUAGACGAGCAUUAAGUAGGAACUUUAAUAUAUGGAGCGACAUUCGUUUUAACUAAGUGUCAUAAAACUAUUUGUCAGCGCGUUAAUUAAGAAGUAGAAUAAAUGUUGACGUAUUUAGUGGAAACUAGUAGAGUUGUAAAAGCGAAAAAGUUGUGACAAGAUGCUUAGCUGUUUAGUAAUUAGAAGAUAGACGUAGACGCUAAUAGGAACAAUACAUUUAAGUGUUAAGUGACGAUGAAAAGAAGAAGAGUGUCGAAUUAAUAUAGUAUUUAUUAAAUAUUAUUAUAAACAAAAUGGCCGGGGAAUUGAAGAGGAUAAAGAGGCAUUCAUACGUAUUGAAUGCAAUACUGCUAUUCAUCUCAAUGAUUUAUGGAGCAGGAGGCCUCCGCACCACAGAGUUACGAAUCACACCACGCGUCGUGCAAAGAGGUCGGAACGUCACUAUGGCCUGUCUAUACGAGCUUCAUGACUAUGGUAUAUACUCCGUUAAGUGGUACAAAGGGACGCAGGAGUUCUAUCGGUACUCGCCUCUGGAGAGCCCGACUACUAAGGUGUUACCCGUCAGUGGGAUUAAAGUUGAUAGGUUAAGGUCUAAUGAAACCCACGUAGUACUACUCCGGGUGGUGGCGAGCCUCAGCGGGAAUUACAGCUGUGAGGUGAUACAGAAUGCGCCAUCCUACCCGCAGUAUAUCGCCUCAGCGAGGCUGGAUGUUGUUGGCGUAGGAGGUCUCCGAGCAACAGACCUCCGAAUAUCCCCACCAGUAGUACAACGGGGGAAUGACACUACUCUCGCGUGUCUAUACGAGCUGACUGACGCCCCCCUCUACUCCGUCAAGUGGUAUAGAGGGCGCCACGAGUUCUACCGAUACUCGCCUACAGAGAACCCUACUACCAAGAUAUUCCCCUUUGCUGGGAUUAAUGUUGAUUUGGCACGGUCCAAUCAGAGCCAAGUGGUGCUAACCAGGGUCAGUUUCGGUCUGUCGGGGAACUUCAGCUGUGAGGUCACGGCGGACGCUCCUUCCUUCGCCACUUCUAUCGUAUCUAAUACUAUGGAGGUUGUUGCCCUCCCACCGUCACUACCGACGAUACAAACAAGCCAACACUACUACAUACCGGGCGACGUGCUGCGUGCCAACUGCUCCUCAGGACCCAGUCGCCCGCCGUCCGACCUCGCCUUCUUCAUCAAUGAUAUGCCUCUUUCCCUUCACCAGGUGACACCAGGCACUCACCAAGUGCACCCAGCGCCAGAAGGCUUGUUCCGUUCCGAGCUUUAUGUCCAAGUCCAGCUGUGGCCAGCCCACUACGAGCGAGGAGCUCCCAUACUCCGCUGCCAAGCCAAGAUCGGAGAUUUGUACAGAGACGAUGCAGCAGUAGCACUGUAUUCAGGGAAUAGUGACCCUAAAAUUGAGAGAGUGACAUCACCUGGGUCAGCCUCCAACCUACAAGUGUGCCAAUUUUUACUAUUACUUCACAUUAUUGUUUGGGCAAACAAUACCUAGGUUAAACUAAA